AUGAGCCGCGUGGAGGGCAUCCUGGACGUCCACGACCUCCACAUAUGGAACAUCUCGACAGGCAUCCCAGUGCUCACCGCCCAUGUGCACAUCGGCGAGGACGCCGACCAGACGCAGGUGCUGCAAGCGCUGGAGGUGUACGUGCGCCGCAUCGGCAUCAAGCACUCCACCAUCCAGAUCUGCAACCCCAUGGCUGGGGAGGGCGGCAGCGGCAACGGCAGCAGCGGGGUUGGCGGCGGCGGCGGCGGCGGCCACCACAGCCACAGCCACAGCCAUGACGAGGGCGACUGCGAGGCGGGCCAGCACUACCACGGCCACGAGCACGAGCAUGAGCACGGCGGUGGUUGCUCAGGGCACCACCACUGA